AUGCGGUACCUUGUGGCAGCGGUUAUCGCCGCCGUCACCGUCUCGGCGUCGAACCUCAGCCCACGCGGCGGCCGGCCCGCGACGGACAAGGUCUAUGACCGCCGCUACUGCUAUGGCCUGUACCCCCAGGGUACGCCGUGCCCCAUCACGGCCGGCACCUUUGACCAGCUCAUCGACCACGACGACCCGUCCCUCGGCACCUUCAAGCAGCGCUACUGGGCGAAUCCCGAGUUCUACGCGGGCCCCGGCGCGCCGAUUGUGCUCUCCGGGCCUGGCGAGGCGGCCGCCGACCCGUACGUCUGGUACACGACCAACUACACCCUCGACGGCGUGUUUGCGCAGGAGAUUAGAGGCGCGUCGAUUGUGCUCGAGCACCGGUACUGGGGCGAGAGCUCGCCGUUUGACAAAAUGACGACGAAAAACAUGCGCUACCUCACGCUGGACAAUGCCAUGCGGGACACGAUUUACUUUGCGAGAAAUGUCAAGCUGCCCUUUGACCCAGCGCAGUCGUCGCACCCGGACAGGGCCCCGUGGGUCUUCACCGGCGGCUCGUACUCCGGCGCGCUCGCCGCGUGGAUCGAGAAGCUGUACCCGGGCACGUUCUGGGCGUACCACGCCGUGUCGGGUGUCGUGCAGCCCAUCGCCGACUACUGGCAGUACUACGUGCCCAUCGAGGCCGCCAUGCCGCGCAACUGCAGCCGGGACAUGAAAUUGGCCAUCCGGCACAUUGACCGCCGGCUCGGCUCGAGCGACGCCGCCGGCAAGGAGGCGCUCAAGGCCAAAUUUGGCCUGGCCGGCCUCGAGGACGACGACUUUGGCUGGGCCCUCACCGACGGCCUGCAGAGCUGGCAGGGCACUCAAUUUAACACGGGGCCCGGCAACAUCCCACUGUACGAGAUGUGCGACUACAUUGAGGGCGUCGGGGGCGGUGGUGCCGCCAAUGCGACAACGACCCGGGUCCCGGACGAACACGGCGUAGGCGCGUGCGCGGCGGCGGCCGGCCUCGCCAGAUGGUUCCGCGAGGUGCGCGUGCCGGGCAACUGCGCUAGGAACUGGGGCGACUACUGGAAGGGCGACAACGCGACCGUGGCGUGCUGGGACACGCACAACAGCACGAGCCCGUACUUUACCGACCGCAGUCUUCGCAACAAGUGGAACUUGCAGUGGCAGUGGAUGUCGUGCAAUGAGCCAAAUGUCCACAAAUCACACACACACACAACUGACCAAAACCUGUACUGCAGCUUCCAACAGUGGCAGGGCUCGUACCCCGGCGACACCGGCCUCGUAUCCCGCUACGCCACGGUGCAGUCGCUGCGCGACCAGUGCGAACGCUUCUUCCCCGACGAGGACGGCUACAGCUACGGCCUGAAGCGCGGCCGCACCACGGAUGCCAUUGUCGAGCUCACCGGCGGCUGGGGCCAUGUCAACUCGACGCGCUUGGUGCAGGUCAACGGCGAGUACGACCCAUGGCUGCCCGAGACGGUGUCGUCGCCGUUUCGGCCGGGCGGCCCGCUGCAGUCAACCCCGGAGGUGCCGACGUUUGUGGUGCCCAAGGCCGCCCACUGCCCGGACCUGGUCAUGAGCAACACCCGGGUCAACGAUGCGCUGCAUGAUAUCACGCAAGAGGUGAUUGCCAUUAUCGUCGCUUGGGUGGGGGAAUUCUACGAGGAAAAGGGAAUCCCGCAGCCCGGGGCUUAG